AUGUCGAGUACCAGAACCGUCAGGCUCAGAUCAGCUGUCGAGUCCGCCACCAUGGAGCCAGUCACAGCCGCGGGGAUAAUGUAUACGAAGGCUGGCGCUGGCCCCUUUCAGGGUUAA